AUGCCGAAGAUAAAGAAACAACACAGAAGAAAAGUUUAUCGAUAUAAUGUUAAUCGAAAAAGGUUACGGAAUAAGGUAUUCAGUCGAGGAAAAGUGACUUGUAAGGAAAUUAAGGAAGCGUGGGAAAAUAGAAAGAGUGUAAAGUUAAAUUUGAAAGAGAUGGGUUUAUCCUAUGAUCCCAAUGAAACAUUGCCUAUUCCUAACAUCAAACAGGAAAUAAAGCAAAAACUGAUGGGAUAUACUACAGAGUUAAAAGACACUAAAGAAGAAACAAUACCCCCAAAGAAAUAUGUACUUGAAAACCUUGAAGCUGAAGCGAAAGCUCCAAGACAGAAACUUCUACGACUACCAAAUUCACAAGUAGAAUGGAUAACAUAUUUGUUAGACAAAUAUAAAACUGACUAUAAAGCAAUGGCAAAGGAUAAACGUAAUUAUUAUCAGGAAACUUGGAAACAACUAAGAGCUAAAGUACGAAUGUUUAAAAAAAUCCCUGAACAAUAUAAUACAUAUUUACAAGAAAGGUGUCUUAGUGAUAAGGACCUCAAAGAGGUGGUCACU